AUGGCAACAAGUGGAAGAAGAGAGGCAGUCAGAUUGUAUAGAGAUAUUAUAAGAACCAUUCGAUAUUUUAAUCACAGAAAUGAUCAAGGUAGACAAUGGAAAGAUGUAUUAAGAGAGAGUGCAAGACAAGAAUUUGAAAUGAAUAGAUUUGAAACUGAUCCCACAAAAGUAGUCCAAUUAGUUAUGGUUGGAAGAGACUGUUUGAUGAAAAUUCAAGAAGGUAUGCUAACUGGUAAAGUUAAUAAAGAACCAGACAACCCAACAGAUUCAUCACCAUUCACCAAAGUUUUAUAA